GGGCAUGCUGUCGCUGAGUCCCCCUUGGCAGCUAACUCCACCGCAAACUGCAACGUUCGUCUAUAUAUGAACACUGGUCCAACAGAUGUCAAUGUUGCGUUCUUCCCUCCCCUGCAUCAGCAGAGGAGGAUAUGGGUGCUUGAUACUCUCCGGCGAGAAGGCGUAUCAGAGAUCGUGGAUAUCGGGUGCGGCGAGGGCGAGCUUCUCACAACUCUAUGCCAACCCGCCCCCUGGCUAGGCCCACAAUCGCAAUGGAGAAACAGAUCACUGGCGAGUACGCAAAAUGCUGACGACUGUCUCGCAUCCAUGUUCGACGAUGUACUGCUGAACGAUUCCGAAAGCCGUGAUUUACAUCCUACCCGCAUUGCGGGACUAGAUAUCGAUACCGGAGUACUCCAAUAUGCAGCUGAAGACACUUCCCCCUCUUCUGCCAACCCACAGUAUACGCGUUGGGAACCUCUGCAGGUUAGCUUAUGGCAUGGCAGUCUCGAUUCCAUCAACCCCACGUUCGUAGACGUGGAGUGUAUCGUCGCCUCUGAAGUGAUUGAGCACUUGACUGACGAUCUCGUGCACCAUUUCGCGCCGGUGUUACUCGGCGUCUAUCAUCCACGCAUACUUCUAAUGACAACCCCCUCCUAUACAUUCAAUGCCAGGUUCUCGCCGCCGGGCAUGAGAGACCCGAUGGGACACCCCGAUCCAACUGGGCACACGGACCGCGUAUUCAGGCACGCCGAUCAUAAGUUCGAAUGGACGGUGGAAGAGUUUGCGAGUUGGUGCGCGACUGUGAGUAAGGAGUGGGGAUACACAGUAGAGGUGGCGAGUAUCGGAUACGCAUUGGAUAAAGAUCCAUGGGGACGAGAUAAACAGCUUGGGGGCGCAAGUCAAGUUGCAGCGUUUAAACGCAUGGACGAUGUGAACUCGAGGAGGAAAAGAGAGCGACGGAUCCGCACGGCGUACGCUGCACUGGAAAAGAAGGAACCUCACCGUCUGGUAGUCACUCACCACUUUACGGCCCAUCCGCAGGCUGGGCGACCUCAUCAGCUUGAGGAACUUGGCGCUGCUUUAUUACGCACAUUUGAGGGCUGGGGGGAGAACGUGCUGAGGGUCGAGGACCUGUGGUUUUCAGACGAUAUUGCUGUUCUGUGUGGAGGAUCGGUUGAGCUAUUGAUAGAGAUGGCAGAGAGAGACAGUCAGUUGUGUUUGCGGAGAAUUGCAGGCGAGAGAAAAGGGAAUUGGACGAUCGAGCUCCUGGGUGGGGUACAACGACGCAAGGACAACUGGUCUGCAGCACCCAUGUCCCAAGACGAAGAGGCAGUAGUGGGAGAGGUGAGCAUGGAUGAGGACCAGGAGCGGGAGUUCUCCAUGAACCCUGGAAUCAGUACGAACGCCUGGCCUAACAGUGAAACUGAUACCUGGAUGGAAGAUAACAGUUGGGCUGGAUCUUGGGUAGACGAGGGUGGUGGCUGGGGACGGGCUACUCCGGAACCUGUGCUUAGCUAGUACCUCAAUCUGAU